GGGCCGGGGGGGCUCCCAGCAGAGGCGCCAUGGAGCGGCCCCAGGCAGCCGCAGCUCCGAUCCUGCUCCUGGUUCUGGCCCCGAUCCUGGCCCUGGGCUCGGAGCUGGAGCCGAUGCCCGCGGUGCUGAACCCCGACAAGCUGCUGGUGAUCACUGUGGCCACAGAGCAGACGGAGGGAUACCAGCGCUUCCUGCGCACCGCCCGGUACUUCAACUACACUGUGCGGACGUUGGGCCUGGGGGAGCCGUGGCAGGGGGGCGAUGUGGCACGCACGGUCGGGGGGGGGCAGAAGGUGCGCUGGCUGCAGGCCGAGAUGGUGCAGCAUGGCGCCCACCAUGACCUCGUCAUCAUGUUCGUUGACAGCUACGACGUGGUGCUGGCUGGCAGCCCUGGGGAGCUGCUGUCGCGCUUCGCACGCUUUGGGCGCCGUGUCGUCUUCUCAGCUGAGAGCUUCUGCUGGCCCGACUGGGACCUGGCACCUCGCUACCCCUCCGCGCCCGCCGGCACCAAGCCCUACCUCAACUCUGGGGGCUUCAUCGGCUUCGCGCCUGCGAUCCACCGCCUGGUACAGCUGUGGAAGUACAAGGACGACGAUGAUGACCAGCUCUUCUACACCCGCCUUUACCUCGACCCUGCUCUGCGCGAGAAAUUCGGGCUGGCGCUGGACCACAGGUCCCAGAUCUUCCAGAAUCUCAACGGAGCCAUCGAUGAGGUGGUGCUAAAGUUCGAGAAGGACCGGACCCGGGCCCGCAAUGUAGCCUACGACACCCUGCCCGUCGUCAUCCACGGCAACGGGCCCACCAAGCUGCAGCUGAACUACCUGGGUAAUUACAUCCCCAACGCUUGGACCUAUGAGGGCGGCUGUGGCGUCUGCGACCAGGACCUGCACGAUCUCACGGGGGUCCCAGAUGAGGCCCUGCCGCGGGUGCAGGUGGGAGUGUUCAUCGAGCAGCCGACCCCGUUCCUGCCCCUGUUCCUGCAGCGCCUGCUGGGCUGGAGCUACCCCUACGCCCGCCUGCACCUUUUCAUCCACAACAGCGAGGUGCUUCAUGAGCAGCAUGUACAGGCGGCCUGGCCCCAGCUCCGUGCUGCCUUCGCCACCAUCAAGAUCGUGGGCCCGGAGGAGGAUCUGAGCGAGGGCGAGGCCCGGGAUAUGGCCAUGGACACCUGCCGGCAGGACCCCAACUGUGACUUCUACUUCAGCCUGGAUGCAGACGUGGCGCUGACAGACCCCCGCACCCUGCGCCACCUCCUCCGCCUCAACAAGAAAGUGGUGGCGCCAAUGGUGUCGCGGCCCGGGAAGCUGUGGUCCAACUUCUGGGGGGCACUGAGCCCUGACAGCUACUACGCCCGGGCAGAGGACUACGUGGAUGUUGUGCAGGGCAAGCGCAUCGGGGUGUGGAAUGUGCCUUACAUCAGCCAGGCCUACCUGGUGCGUGGCACCGUGUUACGGGUCGAGCUGCAGGACCGGCACGUCUUCACGCUGGAGGACACGGACCCCGACAUGGCCUUCUGCAAGAGCCUGCGGGACAAGGGUGUGUUCCUGCACAUCACGAACCAGGAGGACUUUGGGCACUUGCUGGCCACGGCCAAGUACAACGUGUCACGGCCCUACCCCGACCUCUGGCAGAUCUUCGACAACCCCCUGGACUGGCAAGAGAAAUACAUCCACGAGAACUACACCCGUGUGCUGGACGCCGACCUCUAUGAGCAGCCAUGCCCAGAUGUGUUCUGGUUCCCACUGGCAUCGGAUGCAUUGUGCGACGAGCUGAUCAACAUCAUGGAGACCCACGGGGGCUGGUCAGGGGGGCGUCACGAGGACGCACGCCUAUCUGGGGGCUACGAGAAUGUGCCAACGGACGACAUCCACCUGGCGCAGGUGGGGCUGGAGCGCGAGUGGCUGCAAUUCCUACGCCAGUUUGUGGCACCUGUGACUGAGAAGUUCUUCCCGGGUUACUACACCAAGGCACAGUCAGGGCUGAACUUCGUGGUUCGGUACCGGCCCGAGAGCCAGCCAGCACUGCGCCCCCACCACGACGCCGCCACCUUCACUGUCAACAUCGCCCUCAACCACAAGGGGCAGGAUUACGAGGGCGGUGGGUGCCGGUUCCUGCGCUACGGCUGCACUGUGUCAGCCCCACGCAAGGGCUGGAGCCUGCUGCACCCUGGGCGCCUGACGCACUUCCACGAGGGGCUGCCCACCACUGCUGGCACCCGCUACAUCGCCGUCUCCUUCGUCGACCCCUAGGGAUCCAGGCAUCCGGGGGACCCAGGGGUCCGGGCCCUCCGUCCACUGCCGUCACCUUGGCUGACUGUUCGUGCCCCCCAUGGGGACCCAGGCGUCCAAGGCCCACAGUCCCACAUUGGUCCUCUCCAUGGACCGCUACUGGGGGGCUGGCACAGAGCCCCGCCCCAGGGGGUGGGGGGCUUCUGGGCCAGGGGGGGACAGGAAUCCAGGCAGGGCUCCGCGCAGCUGCUUCUCUGUACAAAGUGCAUUAAAUUAUUGGGGCGCCCAUGCCCCCCCAUCA